AUGCAGCGGCCUCUCCAACCUGCGCCCCAACGACCGAUCUACGCAAUUGCACACAAAGUACUUACCCCGGACGCAGUCCAGAUGGCUCUGUCCCACGGCGCCAAUGCAGUACGAGUUGAUAUAAGCCCUUGGUACUCCGGUUGGUGGACCGACCACGACGGCUCAUUCAUGAGCGAUAAACGUCAAGCCUGCUCUAUCGAGGCAUUGUGGGACUUAGCCCGGGAGAUACUCGAGCCGGCAGGCGUGCGGGUCCUGUACGGCUUUGGUCAACCCACCAUGACUCGUGGAUAUACGGUGAUCCGGGAUUCUCUAAAUGAGAACGAAGCAGUGGUUAUCAGUGGCAGGACGCACGAUGUGUUGGAACGGUAUAAGGCCGCUGGUGAAUCUAUUCCUAUCGACCGGAGGGUUAUGGAUUACGGGAGAUACCCAAUGGUCCGUCGUCUAUUGGAUGAGGCUGCUAUUGAUGGAUUUGUCUAUGGCCACUCUGACGCUGACUACGGGGAUGAUGACGGCACUCGGGUGGCUAUUCGGGAUAUUGUUGGCUUCGUGGAUUCACACUCUGAUAGCCAUCGGAUGGCGACGAGAUAUGACUCGCCUUGGUAG